AUGUUAGGAGCAAACGUUUUCGCUUUCCUGAUUGCCGUUGCUGUCCUGGUGGCAACGGUUUUCUUCCCGACUGAAGUCCAUGGAAGAAGUAAGUGCUACCCUUUGAAACAAAACUUUUAAACCUUUAACUAAGGAACUUUAACUAAUAGCUAAGGAACAACGUAAAUAUCUUCUAUCAAUUCUUUACCAAGCUUGAUGAAGCAGACUUCUUCACUUGAGUAUCAAGGAAUUUUUUUGAGAUUCGGUAUCUUUUUUUUACAGCUAAAAUUUAUACAACACACCAAAUUUGUGUUUGGGUUUGAUCAUGUCGUAGAACAAAACACUGUUUACUAAAGACAGUACACGAAAACUUGAGCGGCUCACCGAAAAAUAUCUGUUCGGUGAAAAAAAGUCAUCCCGAAAUUUGGAAAUUUACUCAAUAUGCUAUACUGACUCAAAGGCCUGCUACAUUUCACAAAAGGCGGAAAUAAUCAACUUACAUUUGUUAACUAUCAGCAGUUUUCGGAGAGAGCAAUCAAACAUAUCCCCAGUAUUUUAUCAUACUGUGAUACGCAUGACUGUUUUGGCCUUUUGACCUUUCGAACACUUUCCUCCCCUCCAAACACCUUGGACAAAAAUCACUUUCGAUAAGCAAAAAGUCGGUGCGUUUAUUAUGCAGUCAUUAAGUUCUUACGUGAAGAGUUCAUUGCUAAUCUGCUUUAUAAUUUGUUUAAGACUAUUAACUGACUGUAUUUUCCCUUUCAGACAGAAAACUGCACUUCAAGAAGCCGAGCAAGCACUUAUUGGAGCUUCCUAAAGAAAUUUCUUACAGCGAUCCCAAAAAAUCGGCUGUGCAAAAUUCCUUUAGCCAGCGCCUUUUUGAUAAUGGCAGAAGCGUGAUGAUACGAAAGUCCACGAAAGAAAGUGUCUUUAUUCAAGGCAUGGUUUCAGCGACACUAAACGCAGAUUCCUACGGCGCAUACAUGGUUCAAGAUAUCGCCUACCUUUACAAUGCAGUUAAUGCAUUCAACCGUGCCGCUGAAAAGAUGAGAGACCAAGGGCAAAGUGAAUUUGAGCAAUUUUACAAAAACGAGUCUUCUGUUUGGGAGUCUAAGUACUUGGCGCCGAUGCUAAGAGACUGGCAUCUUAAGAAUACUCAAAACGUGCAACCUGGCACUGCAGCCCAAGAGUACAUGUCUUUCCUGACUACUGUGAGCCAAAAGCAUGCUAAAUACCUAGCUAUAGCGAUGCUACCAUGCACGAUGCUUUGGCGCUGGAUGGCUGAUGAGCUAUUUCCUAGUGUCCAGGAGAACAGCGCUUAUUAUAGCUGGUUUAAAGAAAACAAGAGCCGCCGUCCGGGCGACAGAAGCCGCCUGGAGAGUUUUGUUGAUCAGAAAUUCCGUUCAGAGGAGGAAUAUAAAGAAGCCAAAGUUUUUUUCUGUCAAGCAAUGUUCAGCGAGUUGAAUUUCUUCAGGGAGAGUGGUAACGAGUCACUUUACGUCCUCCCUCCGGAUUGCCAAGCCCUUCCUUGA